AUGUUUCCUGAAUUCGAGAGUGCUGAUGAACUUUAUCAAUAUGCUCAAACUUUUGUGAAUACAUGUGGUUUUGCACUUGUUAAAAAACAAACCCAUAAAAAUCAUCAUGAUGAAUUGAAAAAUAUGGAAUUGCAAAUUCGUAAUGAAAAUCAUAAUCAUGAUUACUCAGAAAACAUGUUAGAACACUCAAUUGCCUGCCAACUCACAGAGCAACAGCUAGAAAGUGUUGCAGCAAUGACUGUUGCUAGAUCAUGUCCUCGAGAAAUUGUGUCGACCAUUCGCCAGAAUGACCCAGCAAUACCAAUUAUUAGCAGAGACAUCUAUAAUAUACGUGAACAACUUCUGCUUAUUGAUGAACUUCGAGAAGAAGAUUAUAUUUAUGAAUAUGAAUAUAACAAUACUGGUUGUGUUACCCACCUUUUUUUCGCACAUAAAGAAUCUAUCAAUUUUACUUGUCAAUAUUCCUCCGUCCUCCUCAUGGACUGUAAGGAUGAGGAAGACUACAAGUGGGCACUAACUUGUAUUGUUCGUUUGUUCGAAGGGAUAUCGAAGCCUGGCAUAAUUGUGACUGAUAGAGAAUUGUCACUUAUGAAUGCCCUUAAAAUAGUCUUUCCGAAUUCAACAAACCUAUUGUGCUUAUGGCACAUUAGUAAAAAUGUAUUAAAAAAUUGUAAACCACAAUUUCCAAAAGAAAAUAAAAAUAGUUCAAGCAAAGAUGCAUAUGCAAAUCUUAAAGCAUAUUUACAGACAUCAGCAGGAGAUCUUCAUCGGGUUCAUACAAAAAUUUCAUUGAUGGUGACUAACCAAAAAGAAGAAAUCAAUUCUAUAACUAUAAAUAGAGAGUAUCAAAAAGCAUCUUGUGUAACUGUGCAGAAUCUCUUACCACCAUGUACAGGUUCUUUUUCGAGAACAAUGGGACUACCUUGCGUACAUCGUAUUCAACACUUAAAAAGCAGUCAGGGUUUAACACUUAAAGAUAUCCAUAUACAUUGGUGGAUUCAAGGAUGCCUACCAAUACCACAAUUUGAAGAACAUCAAGCAGCAACACGAGAGAUGCUGAAUGAUAUGAUCAAUUCCUCAUCGAUUGUCUUGCAAAACCCCAACAUCGUACAUACUAAGGGACAUCCUUUAGAUGCUACUAAUAACCAACCAUCUACCUCAACUAGAAGAGAUCCUUCUGGAUUCGAGUCUGUGGAACAGAAUGUAAAACAAUGUUCUUUUUGCCGACAGCCUGGGCAUAAUGCUUAUACUUGCCCAAAUAGAAGUAAUACAAAUUAA